AUGGACAAGGACACCGAAUCCUUGCCGAGGCCACCGAGCAGCGAUGAGACCCUGUACUGCGAGGCCGACGCCUCCACGGUGGUCGUGGAGAAGGACAAGACGGCUCAGGAGAAUCCAGAAACAGACCUGGAGGUGGAAGACACGGAGAAAUUCUUCACCACUGGGCAGAAGGAGCUGUACCUGGAGGCCUGCAAGCUGGUGGGCGUCGUGCCCGUCUCCCGCUUCCUUCGCACCAUGGACGAGACCGUGGUGAACCUCAACCACCAUGGGCUGGGGCCCAAGGGGAUCAAGGCCAUCGCCAUCACCCUGGUGUCGAACACAACUGUGACCACGCUGGAGGUGGCAGACAAUUUCAUCACGGAGAAGGGCACGAAGUACCUGAUGGAGAUGCUCCAGGAGAACUACUACCUGCAGGAGCUGAAUAUUUCCGAAAACCAACUGGGAUUCGAGGGAGCCAGAAUCAUCUCAGACUUCCUUCAGAAAAAUUCCUCUUCCGUCUCCAAGCUCCAGCUCUCAGGAAACUGCCUCGGGGACAGCGCCGCGGAGCUGCUCUGCCAAGCCCUGUCGUACAACUACCAGAUUAAGGUGUUGGAUCUCAGCCACAACGAAUUCGCUGAUAAGGCAGGGGAGGAGCUGGGACUGAUGCUGAGCCUCAACAUCGGACUCAAGUCUCUGGACCUGAGCUGGAAUCACAUCCACACCCGCGGAGCCGUGGCCCUGUGCAGUGGCCUCCGGACGAACGUGACCCUGGAGAAGCUGUAUCUCUCCAUGAAUGGCUUUAGGAAUGAGGGGGCUUCGACCCUUGGGGACAUCCUCAAAGUCAACAGCUGCCUCACCCAUCUGGAUAUCAGCAGCAACGACAUCAGCAAUGAAGGAGUGAACAAAAUCAGCCGAGGACUGGAGGUCAACGAGAGCCUCAAAAUUCUGAAUCUUUUCCUGAACCCCAUAAAUGUGGAAGGGGCUCUUUUACUCAUCAUGGCCAUCAGGAGGAACACCAAGUCCGUGAUGGAAGAGCUCGACAUUUCUAACGUGCUGGUGUCCGAGCAGUUCAUCAAGAUCCUGGAAGGUGUGUACGCCAUGCACCCGCAGCUGGACGUGUGCUACAAGAGCGUGCAAGGCCAGAGCGCCAAGAAGAAGGCGUCCAAAUGGAAAAACUGCCUCAAGAUGAUACAGAAAUAUGCGGAUCAAAACAAAAUCUCCAUCACAGAUUUUUUCGUGCGCCUGAACCCCAAGGGAACCCUCAAGAUGCCCAUAGGCGAGUUCCGGAAAGUUCUGGUGCAGCAGCACGACGUCCCUCUCACCCGGUACCACAUCAGGGAGCUCAUCAAGGAACUCGAGGACCAGACGGGCAUGGUGGACUUCAGUGUCAUCGCAAGGGAGAAGUUGUGGCAGCCGCCUGCUUCGGAAGAACGCAUGCAGACCCGAGGGGCUCCUGUGGGCCCAGUGGCCCCGGGAGUGGGCGAAGCACCUGCUGGACACUGA